GCCGACGGAAUAUUCGAAUUGCUCUGACAAUUACGACACUAGCGUAGUGUCAAGGACGGCCGUUCCGUUCUGGCGGUGCUCAUUUCACCGCGAUAGCACGACGUGCUUACAUUCUAACCGAUGGUUUCAUCAGGUCUAAGUUCUCACAGCACCACGCUCUACCAUCUGCGAAAUAUGGCUGAUGUUAAAGCCGCAGAACCUAUUAAAAGACAUGAAUCUUGGUCAUCUCUUAAAUUAAACAUCAAAAGGUUCGUAAUGGAAAAAAUGUGCAACCAGAUAAAAUGCAGCGGCGUUCGGACUACUGGGCAACUCAGCGCACACCCCAUUUAACACCAUGACCUCUACUCCAAAGCUCUUCCAACCUAUCGUUGUUGGCGAAAUGCAGCUCAAGCACCGCGUUGUGAUGGCGCCGUUGACACGAUUCCGUGUAGACGACAACCAUGUCCCACUUUCCCAUGUGAAGGAAUAUUAUUCGCAACGCGGGAGCGUUGAAGGAACUCUCCUGGUGACUGAAGCCUGCUACAUCGAUGCACGUGCUGUGGGCGUCCCAAACGUCCCCGGUAUCUGGUCCGAGGCUCAGAUUGCUGCGUGGAAAGAGGUUACUGAGGCGGUUCAUGCCAAAGGGUCGUUCAUCUACCUUCAGCUGUGGGCCCUUGGACGCGCUGCUCAUCCUGCUGCCCUGGGCGAGAACCCUUACGUCUCUGCCUCCGACAUCCCGCUUAGCGACCGGCCAGCGGAUGAGAUCAAGCCUCGCCCCCUAACGAAGGCAGAGAUCUCCGAAUAUGUGCGUCUCUUUGCACGUGCGGCUGUCAACGCGGUGGAAAAGGCAGGAUUCGACGGAGUGGAGUUGCACGGCGCGAACGGAUAUUUGAUCGACCAGUUUCUACAGGACGUCUCCAACGCCCGCUCAGACGAGUACGGAGGGAGUGUCGAGAACCGGGCCAGGUUUGCCCUGGAGAUUAUGGACGCUGUCGUCGCCGCAGUGGGUCAGAAGAAGUCGGCGAUCCGUCUGAGCCCAUGGAAUGUCUUCAAUGGUGAAGUCAGCAUUCGACACAUGAGCAUGAAGAACCCGAAGCCCACCUUCUCAUAUCUUGUGAAACAGCUCAAAGCCCGUCACCCAGAGUUGGCGUACAUACAUGCUGUCGAGCCCCGAGCUAAAGGAUUCGAAGUGCUGGACGACUCGAGUUUGCCUGAGGGAAUGUCAAACGAUUUCAUCCGUGACAUCUGGACAUCCCCCGACAGUGCUAGACGCCUUAUUUCUGCCGGCGGAUACAGCCGGGAGGCUGCCAUCAAGGACGGUGAAAGGGACGAACUCGUCGCUUUUGGCAGACAGUUCAUUUCAAACCCCGACCUGCCGGCCCGACUACUCCAUGAUUACCCUCUGAACCCUUAUGAUCGCACAACGUUCUACACCACAGGAACCCUGGACCCGAAAGGAUACACCGACUAUCCGUUCUAUGACUCGAAAUCCCCACUUUAGAGGUUUCGCGCCGAACGGUAGUACCUGAAUGAAAUAAUCUCAUCGUAGAUAUGCUCUCCACCCAGUUUUGAUUAAAGAUACAGAUUUUCAAAAUUGUGCAAAGAUGCUCCUGAGGCA